UUAUUCAAUGUACACUUGAGGGGUGGGGGGGGUAUGUUAGCAGCACAUAAUUGACACCACAAGACCGGUGCACCACAGAUAGACGAGUAGAACAUCUUUGGGCGCACCAUGCAAACAGAGAGAGCGCAUCCUUCGCAACAACGCCUUCGAGCAGAGCAGACUUCGGUGAUUGGACGAGACGAUAGUGAAAAAUUACCCGGCGUGGGCACAAAGAACUGUGCGGUGCUAAUUGUUGAGUAAAAUGGCGCUGUCGUCUGCAGGAGGAACAAAGAAGAAAGUUUGCUAUUAUUAUGAUGGUGACGUGGGUAACUAUUACUAUGGUCAGGGUCAUCCCAUGAAACCCCACAGGAUCCGUAUGACCCACAACCUGCUGCUCAACUAUGGACUGUACAGGAAGAUGGAGAUAUACAGACCCCACAAGGCCAACGGAGAGGAGAUGACCAAGUACCACAGUGACGACUACAUCAAGUUCCUGCGUUCCAUCCGGCCAGACAACAUGUCAGAACACAGCAAGCAGAUGCAGAGAUUUAAUGUGGGAGAGGACUGCCCAGUGUUUGACGGCCUGUUUGAGUUCUGUCAGCUUUCAACGGGAGGCUCUGUCGCGGGGGCAGUGAAGCUGAACAAACAGCAGACGGACAUCGCCGUCAACUGGGCCGGAGGACUCCAUCACGCCAAGAAGUCUGAGGCCUCUGGGUUCUGCUACGUCAACGACAUAGUCCUCGCCAUCCUGGAGCUGCUCAAGUACCACCAGAGGGUGUUGUACAUAGACAUCGACAUUCACCAUGGAGACGGAGUGGAAGAGGCUUUCUUCACCACAGACCGGGUCAUGACUGUCUCCUUCCACAAGUAUGGAGAAUACUUCCCUGGUACAGGAGACCUGAGGGACAUUGGAGCAGGGAAGGGGAAGUACUAUGCUGUAAACUACCCUCUCAGAGACGGCAUCGACGACGAGUCUUAUGAAGCCAUCUUCAAACCUGUGAUGGCUAAAGUGAUGGAGAUGUUCCAACCCAGUGCUGUAGUGUUACAGUGUGGAGCGGACUCUCUCUCAGGAGACAGACUGGGCUGCUUCAACCUUACCAUCAAAGGUCAUGCUAAGUGUGUUGAGUACAUGAAGAGUUUCAACCUGCCUCUGUUGAUGUUGGGAGGUGGAGGUUAUACCAUCCGUAACGUGGCCCGCUGCUGGACCUACGAGACCGCCGUGGCUCUGGACAGCACCAUACCUAACGAGCUGCCGUACAACGACUACUUUGAGUACUUUGGCCCUGACUUCAAGCUCCACAUCAGCCCGUCUAACAUGACCAACCAGAACACCAAUGAUUACCUGGAGAAGAUCAAACAGAGGUUGUUUGAGAACCUGCGCAUGCUGCCCCACGCCCCGGGAGUCCAGAUACAGGCCAUCCCAGAAGACGCUCCACACCCGGACUCUGGAGACGAGGAGGACGAGGACCCUGACAAACGCAUCUCCAUCAGGGCCCAUGAUAAGAGGAUAGCCUGUGAAGAAGAGUUCUCUGACUCUGAGGAUGAGGGACAGGGAGGAGGGGGAAGGAGGAAUGCUGCCAACCAGAAGAAGACCAAACGAGUCAAGACUGAGGAGGAGAAAGGGGAGACGGAGGAGAAGAAAGAAGUGAAAGAGGAGGAUAAAGAGGCCGAAGAGAAGAUGGACACAACAGGGCCAAAAGAAGAAACUAAGACGUGUUGAAGCAUCAGAUAUACAUGGGUUUCCAGUUGUGUGUGUGUGUGCGCACACACGCAUCAACCAAAAUGGACUGUAAAUUAUUCUCUUAAUGCUGUUUUAGUAUUUCCUCACACGCGGUAAAAUCUUUUGGGCUUUGUCAGUGUUGAAAUGCAAGAUGUUUUAAAAAUAUUUUUUACUCACAUCUCUACCACAUUUCUUUUUUUUUCUUCUUCUGAACCACGUGUUCCUGUUCUGGCACCUCAACACCACCUGAGAUCCUGAAGCAGUUAGGGACAUGGUCCUGUUGUGGAGCCCGCUUCAGAUUCUCAGGUGGUGUUGAGGGGGAAAAGGGGAUACAUAGUUGUACGAAAGGUUGCUGGAUCGAAUCCCCGAGCGGACAAGGUAAAAAUCUGUCAUUCUGCCCCUGAGCAAGGCACUUGACCCGCUGUUUCCCGGGCAUCGAAAACUUCGAUUUAAGGCAGCCCCCCCCCCCCCCACCUCAGCCCCCCCUCACCUCAGAGGGGUUUGUGUUAAAUGUGGAAGACACAUUUCAGUUGAAUACAUUCAGUUGUACAACUAAGUAUCUCCCUCAACAUCACCUGAGAAUCUGUCAGGAUUCAAUCCAAGGCAUGUUUAUAGUGCACUGUUCUCUUAAGUCUUUUUAAAUGCAAUUUACGCUGGAGCUGAUACCGUGAAUGUGAUCUCCGCCACUCUAGGGGGAAGAAAAUGUCUUUACAGAAACUUCAUUUUCUGAUGCGCUGCUUUUUAACGCACCUUGGAUUGAAUCGCGGCCUUAGUUCCUCCAUCUUCACUGACCUGAGGUAACAUAAGUGAAAGCCAAUCCCCCUGACAGACACCUGUCAUACCACUUUCACCUAUCCAUCUGGACUGAUCCAAGAACUCAACAAGAGUUGAAAAGGAAUCCACUUUCCACUGCAGACAUUACCCUUUUGAACAAUAGUCAUUCACAAGUCACCAGCCCUAUUCUACUGGAAGUUAUUUUGAAUCACGGAUCAACAUACACUGAGUGUACAAAACAUUUUUAAAGCUGCUAUAUGUAACUUGUUGGGUGACCUUGACCCAAUUGAAAUGUGUGUGUUAUAGAUCUGUCAUUCUUUAUUGAAAGGAAGUAGAUCUGUUCUGUCUUAUUUCUAUGCUUCCUUUUUAAGUUUUUGUUUUGAAGCUCCUUUGUUUUUAUAAAUCAGCUUCAAACUGCUGACAAUACAAUUGUUUAUUUAUUAUGGAAAAGAUGGUACAAUAUACAUGUUUUGUCAAACUGAAAUUAGAAACUAUUAGAAUUUUAUCAACCAGGAAAUGGCAGAGUGAUUUCUGCAUAGUACAGCUUUUUAAGAACACUUUCCUAAUAUUGAGUUUCACCCACGGUCCUUUCGCCCUCCGAACAGCCUCAAUUCAUCAGGGCAUGGACUCUACAAGGUGUUCGAAAGUGUUCCACAGGGAUGCUGGCCCAUGUUGACUCCAAUGCUUCCCACAGUUGUCAAGUUGGCUGGCUUUGCUUGGUGGAUGUUUCUUGAUACACACAGGAAACUGCUGAGUGUGAAAAGCAGCGCUGCAGUUCUUGACUCAAACCGGUGCACCUGUCACCUACUACCGUACCCCGUUCAAAGGCACUUGGAUUGUGUGUGUGUGUGUGAGGGUGAAUGGGCAAGACAAAAGAUUUGUCUGUUUAAAAAUCCUUCUUUAACCUGUCUCCCCUUCAUCUAUGCGGAUUUAACAAGUGACAUCUAUGUUUAUUUAACUAGGCAAGUCAGUUAAGAACAAAUUCUUAUUUACAAUGACGGCGAAACCCUGACGACGCUGGGCCAAUUGUGUGCCGCCCAAUCGCAGCUGAAUCUGAUACAGCUUGGAAUCGAACCGGGGACUGUAGUGAUGCCUCUUUCACUGAAAUGCAGUGCCUAGUGCCAUUCGGGAGCCCAACUAAAGGAUUUCUUUCAGCUGUUUUCACCUGGUCAGUCUGUCAUGAAGAGAUGUUCAUGUUUUAUAUACUAUACAUUCUGCUUUACUCUGUUCCCUGGGUUGGUUUCUCUCAGACGACUGUACGCUCCACACUCCUUUUACCUCAUUUUAGAUUUCUAAAAGGAAAUGUUUUUUUUUUAGGUCAUCGGGUAUGUUGAAGGUUCAAGGGUGAGGUCCCCCCCCCCCCCCUGAGUACAGCUCCAAGAUCAGCUGUAGACAUUUAGUAAAUAAAAUACUAAACUGACCCAAGUGAUCAGUGUGUAAGGGGCAACUUCACACUACACCGUUGGGAACCGGCUCAUGUUUUAAGCCCUUGGUAUUUUGUACUGUAAUAGGUGAGAAUAUGGUGUUUACAAAUGUGUGUAACUUGUUUUAUAAUGGAAAAAAUAAUUGAUUUUGUGCUUGGUUGUUUUUCUUAAUACAUUUGAAAUCUGUCCUUUUAUUUUAUAAAGAACUUCUAAAGGCACUAAUUUGGUUGUCUGUAGAGAUUUGAUGUCCAGGCUUCUUUCAGAUUAUGGUUAUCCAAGUCUAGUGGGGGAAAUGACUUCUCACUUGUUAGUUUCCUACAGCGCAUGUCUUUAUUUACUGUCAAUUUCACACGAGCUUGGUUUCCAUCCAAUUGGUGACCAGAUUCUCUUGCAAAUAUUUUUUUAAACCUGCUUAGAAACAAUGUGUGCACUUUCCCCAUAAGUCUACGUGACAUCAGUGCACAACUUCAGCGGUUAAAAUUCCCCAUGUACUGAAUACAAAUAAAUGGGUUUCCAUCUAA